AUGAGUAACAGCCACCCACUUCGCCCCUUUACUGCAGUGGGGGAAAUUGAUCACGUGCACAUUUUAUCUGAACAUAUUGGUGCCUUGUUGAUUGGGGAAGAAUAUGGUGAUGUCACAUUUGUUGUGGAAAAGAAGCGUUUUCCUGCUCACCGAGUAAUUUUAGCAGCGAGGUGCCAAUAUUUUCGAGCAUUGCUGUAUGGUGGAAUGCGAGAAUCUCAGCCAGAAGCAGAAAUCCCCCUCCAGGACACCACUGCGGAAGCCUUCACCAUGCUACUCAAGUACAUCUACACUGGGCGGGCGACACUGACAGAUGAGAAGGAGGAGGUGCUGCUGGACUUUCUGAGCCUGGCUCAUAAAUAUGGAUUUCCAGAGCUGGAGGAUUCUACCUCUGAGUAUCUCUGCACCAUACUCAACAUUCAGAAUGUCUGUAUGACUUUUGACGUGGCCAGUCUCUACUCACUGCCCAAGUUAACUUGCAUGUGCUGCAUGUUUAUGGACAGAAAUGCUCAGGAGGUGCUCUCGAGUGAAGGCUUCCUCUCUCUUUCUAAGACAGCACUUCUAAACAUCGUAUUAAGAGACUCAUUUGCAGCUCCUGAAAAAGAUAUUUUCCUAGCCUUGUUUAAUUGGUGUAAGCACAAUUCAAAGGAGAAUCAUGCAGAAAUCAUGCAGGCUGUGCGUUUGCCUCUGAUGAGCCUCACCGAACUGCUCAAUGUUGUGAGGCCUUCGGGACUGCUGUCUCCUGAUGCCAUUCUGGAUGCUAUUAAAGUUCGAUCAGAGAGCCGGGAUAUGGACCUCAAUUACAGAGGCAUGCUCAUACCAGAAGAAAACAUUGCAACUAUGAAGUAUGGAGCCCAGGUUGUUAAAGGGGAGCUGAAAUCUGCCUUACUAGAUGGUGAUACUCAAAAUUAUGAUUUGGACCAUGGAUUUUCCAGACAUCCAAUAGAUGACGACUGUCGUUCUGGCAUUGAAAUUAAGCUAGGUCAGCCAUCUAUUAUCAAUCACAUACGGAUUCUCCUGUGGGAUCGAGAUAGCCGGUCUUAUUCCUACUUCAUUGAAGUGUCCAUGGAUGAACUUGAUUGGAUCAGAGUGAUUGAUCAUUCACAGUAUCUGUGUCGUUCUUGGCAAAAGUUAUAUUUUCCAGCCCGUGUUUGCAGAUAUAUUCGAAUAGUUGGGACUCACAACACAGUGAACAAGAUUUUUCACAUCGUGGCUUUUGAAUGCAUGUUUACAAAUCAAACCUUCACUCUCGAGAAGGGCCUGAUAGUUCCCAAGGAGAAUGUCGCAACGAUUGCUGAUUGUGCCAGUGUGAUUGAAGGAGUCAGUCGGAGCCGAAACGCCUUGCUGAAUGGGGACACCAAGAAUUAUGAUUGGGAUUCUGGCUACACAUGCCAUCAACUAGGAAGCGGGGCCAUUGUGGUUCAGCUGGCACAGCCGUACAUGAUUGGGUCAAUACGGUUAUUACUUUGGGACUGUGAUGAUCGAAGCUACAGCUACUACAUUGAGGUUUCCACCAACCAGCAACAGUGGACCAUGGUGGCCGACAGAACUAAAGUCUCCUGCAAGUCUUGGCAGUCGGUAACGUUUGAAAGACAGCCUGCCUCCUUCAUCCGAAUCGUUGGAACACACAACACAGCAAAUGAGGUGUUCCACUGCGUCCACUUCGAGUGUCCGGAGCAGCAGAGCAGCCUGAAGGAGGAAAGCAGUGAGGAGCCGGGGGCAGGGGACCCCAGUCCGGCCGGUCAGCCACCCGAGCCCCGCGCUCUGCAGGCCCCCGGCGGCGGCUCCCUGCCCGCCAGCCCGGGCUCGCGCUCCGGCCGGCAGCACCAGUGA